CGGAGCAGGGUGUGUGUGGCGGUGUGUGUGUGUGUGUGUGUGUGUGUGCGGGAGCAGAGGCAGACAGGCAGCAGUGGACAGGAUCUCCUGCUAGAGGACCAUCGGGCUGCGGUGUGGAGCUGGACCGGGGCUUCCUGAACAUGGACCGGGGCUUCGUGCUGCUCUUCCUGAGUCUCCUGAGUGCGGAUCUCCCUCUGACCGCCUGCGAGCAGCAGCCAGCGGCCGCAGAAAACCUUCUUGUUGUGACAGUUGCAACCAAAGAGACUGAUGGCUUCAGGCGUUUCUUGAGGUCUGCCAAACACUUUAACUACAGCGUAAAGGUUCUGGGUCAAGGUCUGAAGUGGGAGGGGGGGGACUACAUGUCUGCUCCAGGAGGAGGACAGAAAGUGCGACUUCUUAAGGCUGCUCUGGACCAGAUGAAGGACGAGGAUCAGAUCAUCCUGUUCAUUGACAGCUACGAUGUGAUUUUUGCCUCGGAUCCUAGAGAGUUGCUCAAAAAGUUCAAGCAGGCCAAACACAAGGUGGUGUUCUCCUCGGAGAGCCUCAUCUGGCCCGACAGACACCUGGAGGACAAGCACCCCCACGUCAGGGAGGGCAACAGGUUCCUGGGCUCCGGGGGUUUCAUGGGCUUCCUCCCCAACAUCAAAGAAAUGAUCUCCAACUGGACCGGAGCAGACAGCGACAGCGACCAGCUGUUCUUCACCAGGAUCUACACCGAUCCAGCAAAAAGAAAAUCCAUCAAUAUCACCCUGGACAGCAAGUGCAGACUGUUCCAGAACCUCCAUGGUGCUCUCGAUGAGGUGGUGCUGAAGUUUGAGGAUGGUCGGGUGCGAGCCAGAAACGUGCUGUACGAUACUCUUCCUGUCAUCGUUCAUGGAAACGGUCCAACGAAGCUGCAGAUCAACUACCUGGGUAACUACAUCCCCAACAUCUGGACGUUUGAAGGUGGCUGCAGCGUGUGCGAUGAGAAUCUCCGUCCUCUCGAAGCUCUCCAGGAGAGCGAGCACCCCCUGGUGAUGGUCGGGGUCUUCAUUCAGCAGCCCACUCCCUUCGUCACAGUGUUUUUUGAACGUCUGCUUCAGCUCCAGUAUCCGAAGAACAGGCUCAAGCUCUUUAUCUACAAUCAGGAAGCUCAUCAUAAGCAUCAUGUCGACGCGUUCCUGCGGGAUCAUGGGAACCUUUAUGAGAACAUCAAGAACAUUGAACCUGAAGAGGAGAUGGACGCACCCUCCGCCCGCAACCUGCUUUUCGAGCUGUGCCGUAGGGAUGAGGGCUGUGACUACGUGUUCAGCCUGGACGUGGAGGUGGUGCUGAAGAAUGACAAGACGCUGAAGAUCCUCAUAGAACAGAACCUUCCGAUGAUCGCACCAAUGAUCACUCGAUCUGGUCGGCUCUGGAGCAACUUCUGGGGAGCGCUCAGCGCAGACGGCUACUACGCCCGGUCGGAGGACUACGUGGACAUUGUUCAGGAACGGAGAGUAGGUGUGUGGAACGUCCCCUACGUGUCCUCGGUCUUCCUGGUCGGCGGCAGCCUGCUGCGAUCUGACCUGAGUGACCCGGAGCUCUUCAGCUCAGACGUUCUGGACCCCGAUAUGGCGUUCUGCCACCACGUCCGCAGGAAGGGGGUCUUCAUGUUCGUCACCAACAUGCACACGUUUGGCCGCAUCCUGUCAACGGAGAACUACCAGACGACUCGCCUCCAUAAUGACCUGUGGCAGAUCUUCGAGAACCCCGUGGACUGGCAGGAGCGCUACAUCCACCAGAACUACACCCUCAUCAUGAAGGACAAGCUGAUUGAAAUGCCCUGUCCAGAUGUUUACUGGUUCCCACUUUUCACCAACGUGGCAUGUGACCACCUGGUUGAAGAAAUGGAGCAUCAUGGGAAGUGGUCAGGAGGCGGUAAUGUGGACAAAAGGAUCCAGGGCGGCUAUGAGAACGUCCCCACCAUCGACAUCCACAUGAAUCAGAUCAGCUUCGAUAAAGAGUGGCGGAAGUUACUGAUGGAGUAUGUCGCCCCCAUCACAGAGAAGAUGUACCCGGGUUACUACACCCAGUGCUCCUCUCCCUUGAACUUUGUGGUGAGGUACAAACCUGACGAGCAGCCGCUGCUCGUCCCUCACCACGACGCCUCCACAUUCACUAUUAACAUUGCUCUCAACAGCAAAGACGUGGACUACCAGGGGGGCGGAUGCCGGUUCCUCCGGUACAACUGCUCCGUCACGGCCCCCCGUAAAGGCUGGGCGCUCAUGCACCCGGGCCGCCUCACCCACUACCACGAAGGCCUGCCCACCACCGCGGGGGUCCGCUACAUCGCCGUGUCCUUCGUGGAUCCCUGAGCCGCGCUCCACCAGCACCAAACGCACGACUCCGUAGUCCUGGACCGGGUCUCCGCCGCCAGCCGGGUUCACCCUCUGUUACACUCACUGCUGUCCUGGAACCAAAGCAGCUGUCUGGACUGCAGUGACGCUCUGAAGCCCGCCGGUUAUUUAUUUUUGUUACGUAUUUGAUAAAAGACGCUCCCUGACUUGUUUCCCUGUAAGAUUUCAUAUUGGAAUCAGAGAUCAGUGUUUUCUACCAAACUCACACAAUAUUUCUUUGCUUUGUGUGUGCUCUGAACACAACAGAAAUAAACCUGUGUGUGAAUUUA